CUUUGUUGGACUUCUUAUUCGAAUAUUUUCAGGGUGUUGUCUAAUUUUGUUUAUAAAUCGAUUUAUAUACUUGUAUAUAUAUAUAUAUAUAUAUAUAUAAAAAAAAACUCAUCAAAACUCAAAAACAUUAACAAAAGUGAAGGAGAUGGAGAGCAGCAGAUCAAAGGUUUCAGCUGUGGAAUCUAAGGCUCAAUGGGAGGAUCUUGUCAACAAAGCCAAAGAACAGGGUACCCCUAUUGUGGCUCACUUUGGAGCUACAUGGUGUGUCACAUCAUUUGUCAUGAAUCCAUUCUUUGAAGAAUUGGCCUCAGAAUAUGCUGAUGUUAUGUUUGUCAACGUUGAUGUUGAUGAAGUCAAGGAAGUUGCUUCAAUGAUGGAAGUGAAAGCUAUGCCAACAUUUCUUGUGCUGAAGGAUGGCAUCGUAGUUGACAAGAUGGUUGGAGCGAACAAAGAUGAGUUAAGGAAAAGGGUCGAAAAGUUUACUCAGCCCACUGGUGCUAAUAUGGCCUAGUCUUGUGUUUCAUGUUGUGCAUACUGCUACCUUGCUCAUUUCCUUACAGCAGUAUGCUGGCAUAUAGGAAAUUUACAGCUUUAUGCCAAUGCUUUCUGAUGUAUGAAUGUAUUCCGUUUCUGGUGUGGUACCGAUGUCAAAUGAAAACAUAUACAUGAAAGUAUGUGUAUAAAAGGUUGAUUGUAAAUUAUUUCAUGUGUUUUAUGCUAUGCCUGAUGACAUCUUUAGUCCUUUAGACAUUCUUACUGUAACAUAAUUGACCGCUUCUCUCUGUUCAGUUUUUGAUUAUUGAA